AUGAGCACAGCCAAACUAAACGCUGUAGGCCACAGAUGGGUUGGAGAGUUGGCUGAUUUCCGCUUUGAAAUCAAAUACCGUCCAGGCAAAGCCAACGGUGAUGCGGUCACCCUCUCUAGGUUGCCUCAUGACAUUAGUAAAUAUGUGGAUGAAUGCUCAGAGACCCUUUCGAGAGAGACCAUUCAAGCAACAUGGGAAGGGACCCAGGCUUCCAGAGACAAAGAUGUGGCUUUUGUGGCUAUCCUGGACCUUUCGCAUCAAGGCUUGGAGCCCUGCACGCUGGGAACUCAGUCUUCCAUAAGCCAUGAAGAGCUAAGACAAGCACAAAGAGAGGACAAAGUAAUCGGUGAAAUCAUCAAACUGAAAGAACAAAACACACAACUCACACGUCACACCAAGAAGGCUAUGAGUGGUCCAGUGAAGAGACUGUUGCAUGAGUGGGAAAGGCUACACAUUGAAGAUGGGUUACUAUAUAGAAAGACGGUACAGAGACGAAAGUUGGUUGUGCCUGAAAAAUAUAAACUGAUAGCAAUAAAAUACCUGCAUGAUGAAAUGGGACAUGUAGGAGCACAAAGAGUGACCAGUCUGGCCAGAGACAGAUUCUAUUGGCCUUACAUGAAAAAAGACAUUGAGGUUUAUGUAACAAGGAAAUGCCCCUGUAUGAAGAAAAAGAAACCAGUAAGUCAUGUCAGGGCUCCCAUGGGCUCUAUCGUCACUGCGUCCCCCCUGGAACUGGUGUCCAUUGAUUUUUUGCACCUGGAGUCCAGUGUAGGUGGCUAUGAGUAUAUCUUGGUGGUGGUAGACAAUUUCACAAGGUUUGCUCAAGCUUACCCCACUCGCAACAAAUCAGGAAAGACAGCAGCAGAGAGGGUAUUCAGUGACUUUAUUCCAAGGUUUGGUUAUCCCCAAAGACUCCAUCACUACCAAGGCCGGGAAUUUGAAAAUAACCUUUUUAAGGCCCUGCAACAGCUUUCGGGGGUUGACCACUCUAGGACAACACCUUACCAUCCCCAAGGUAAUCCGGCUGAGAGGUUCAACAGGACACUCUUACAGUUACUUCGCACCCUGACAGACAGAGAGAAGACCAGAUGCAAGGAGCACUUACCUCAAAUGGUUCAUGCUUACAAUUGCACAAGGCAUGAAUCAACAGGCUAUUCACCCUUCGAUUUAUUGUAUGGACGGCACCCACAUUUGCCAGUGGAUCUCCUCUUUGGUCUGACACUACAGGAGGAAGCCACAUCUCUAAGGGGAUUUGUGGAAAAGUGGGCUGCGAGGAUGAAACAAGCCUACAAAGUUGCCGCUGAACACAGUCAACUAUCAAGUGACAGAGGGAAACAACAUUAUAACCGUCAAAUGAAAGGAGUGGUUCUGCAAUCAGGUGACAGUGUACUCGUGCGCAACUUGAGUGAGAGAGCUGGUCCAGGAAAAUUAAGGUCCUACUGGGAAGACACAGUAUAUGUGGUGAAAGAACAAAUGAAUAAUAGUCCUGUGUACAAAGUGUCCCCAGAGAAGGGCAAUGGUGGAACUCGUACAUUACACCGUAACCUUCAACAUCUGGCGAAUGACUUACCGAUUGACAUGUCACCACCUUCACUGAGGUUGAAAAAGGGCAAGGGCAAAAACAAAUCACCUUCACACAUGGAAACCAGAAAUGAAAGGUCAUGGAAAGGAAAAGGAAAUCAGUCCAUGAACAGUGAUCUGUCGUCUUCUUCAGAUGAAGAGGAGGAGGGUUACUGGGUUUGAAUACCUGCGAGGCAGGAAGCUUUCCAUGCACCUCAUAAGGUCAUUCCGGAAAUGGAGGACGCCCAUUGCCACAAUCAAUGCACACCAUGCAAUGAAACGGGGAGAGACUUCUUUAAUGAGGAAACAGCUGGUCCAUCAUGGAGUCAAGAGGGAGAAUUUGGAACAGAGACACAACCACAAAUGCUGAACAACACUCAGGCAGGCUCAAGUCCAACAAGGUCACAGAUGGUAAACCCCUCCUCAAAUCAUCUGACCAGUUCCAACCAGUCAGCCUCUGGUCAGUCCAUGGAUCAAAGAGCUUUUGUUCGGAAAUCUACACGUGAGAGGAGGCCUGCUCAACAGUUGACUUAUGAGUCUUUGGGACAGCCCUCCUAUUAGCCAAAACAUAUGGUGAACUCUAUAUCUACAGAUGGGAGGGGGUAUUCACAAGUGGGAGGGGCAGAACCUUAUUAUAUUCAGGCACUUUUCCUUCUUUUGCAAGCACCUCAGUUGAUGUGGCCAUGGCCAAGUUGGUGUUGCCUGGUGGCCAAUAUACCACUCAUGCUAGCCCUUGUUGGGGGACAGUUAUGUCACUCUGAAUUUGAACCUUUGUGUGUGAAUCCAGAUGUUUAACUCUAUGUUGUGUUGCAAUGCCAGGAGCCUUCUUUCUUUCUUUUUUGUUGGGAAAUAUGUGACGCACACAGAAAGAUGUGGUCACAUUUUUCAUAUUGAUGCUUUAACCAUCGAAUGUAAUGUAUUCCUGUGUGAAAAAAAUAUAUAUAUAUAUUUAAUGGAUUCCAGGCUAAAAGGAAAAGAAAAAAAAACUUAAAUAGAGUCUAAGGACAUUGUUAUUAUUAGUCUUUGUCAACUGUUCUGUAAAAGUAAUGACCUUAAUGCCAGUAGAGGGCAGUAUGAUACUUGGCCGGGACCACCGAGAGUUUGGAGCGGACGUUAGCUUUUCCUCCUUCUGAGACGAGGAGCUGGCGCAGCAACACAUACUGAUGUCGUGUCUGCUCGUUUGACUGUUUUAACAGGUUAGUAUCGUCAUAUAAGAGCGAUAAACAGGUGAAAACGGGAGAAAACCGUGUGAAGAUGUGUUAAUCGUUUUUGGCGAAGUUUUGUUCUUAAUGUGUGGUUAAUGAGCUGUAGGCACGCGGCCCCAUGGCGAAGUUGAUAUGGCGGCACAUUAACUGCGUCAUGUUUAUUUGGAUUUUACCCUGUGUGCUCCAUGUAAAACGAAUGGCAUUGCUGAGAAAGAAGGGUUAUUUUGUUCAUGUAGGUGAAUAGUGAAAAUAGGCAAGGUAGUUGAUGAGAAGGAGUUGUUAUUUAAAGUGGUUUACGUUUAUAUUAUUUUAAAGCUCAUGUGGAGUAGAAAUAUUUUGUAUUAUUUUAAAGCUCAUGUGGAGUAGAAAUAUGUUAUUAAGUUUGUUCCAUUAGUGUUUUAUUAUUUUAUGAACAUGUAGUGAUGAACCAGUAUUGUAAGAACAUGUCAAAUGCAGUAAAAUAAGUGUCUGACUAUUCAGAAUCGGUCAAAGGGGAACUGGUUAAACAAAGUGAAUGGUAGUGAAUGUUUUGCUUGACAUGGUUAAAAGUGUUAAUAUAAAUUCUGCGACAGGAGCUGACGCAACACCAUGCUGCUCGUUUGACUGUUUAACAGAAAUUAUAGCAGUCUGACCGCGACCUCUGGUGGUUAGUCAACGCAAUUACAGUUUAUUUUGUUUGUUUUCCACCUACGACAAUCCACUUGAAUAAGCCUUUACUCUUCGGGUAAUUAAAAGAGGGCAAACAGCUGUUAGGCGUUUUAUUCAACCGAUAUAGUAAAACAAGCAGGUUUCUUGAUAAUGGACCAGACAGAUCGUGUGUGUACUGUUUUAAGAGUGCUGAGAAGUUGGUCAGCGGGACUAAAACCAACGAAUACCAUAAAUAUUCAGUGUAACACAACGAGUUAGGUGUUAUUGUUAUCACGUGUGCAGUGCUAGAGCCACGGUGUUUUCAUAGCGUUUCUGAGAUGAGUUAAACACAUUUAUCCUCAACGUUAAAGCCGGUGUUCCGGGAAUUUCUCUUACCCCGUAAACCGUCCUACCCGUCGUUCUUGCGCAUGCGCACAACACAAAAAGGGAAGCACAACGCAUCCGGCUGUGAUUUCAUGCUACUCCGUUGUCAGAUUUGCAGGAAAAUAGCUUUGGUUAAGUCUGCUGUGGUUACUGGACAUGUGGUAUUUGGACAACACUUCUGAAUCCGCAGCUUCGGUGUUUUAAGGCUGUUUCGAUAUGGAGAAGAAUUGGAAAGACAUUUACACAUUCAUCUCUGCGGUCUCCUACCCUUCAGGAUAUGACAAGGCUCAGAGGCAAAACCUCAGAAGAUAUGCCUCAAAAUUCAAAUAAAAGGAUGGAGAACUCUUUGUUGGAACCAGAAGAGUAGUAAAAACCAUGGAUGAUGCCAGGAAGAUUUUUCAUGAGUUUCAUUCAUCUCCAAUCGGAGGACACACUGGCACACACACAAAACGCUAAAUGCAGUGUGUUCCAGAUUUUACUGGUUUGGUAUGACAGUUGACAUUAAAUUUCUUUUUCAGUUCUUUGUCCCUGUGUUCUGUUGGAUCUAUAAAUGUCAAAUAUAUGUAUCUGUAAAUAUAUUCAGUAAAUAUAUACUGUAACUAUAA